GCAAGAUCAUGGUCUUGAGCAAUCUUUGCAUCUGAAACGUCGCUACCGCAACGACGCUUCCAUGAACAACUCGUACAUCGCUGGCGCUGACGCGUACGUCAAGGGAAACUUUGCCAUCACGUCUACGGGCGUCGUGAUGAAGGGCACAGGUCGCGCGUUCACGGUGAACCCGUCCGAGCUCGACUAUGGCGAGAUCAUCGGGCUGGGCGCGAGCGGCAAAGUCAUCAAGUCUCGACACCGCCCAUCCGACACGAUCCUUGCAUUGAAGUUAAUCAACAUGAACGACAAAGGGAAGCGCGAGCAGCUCAUGCGAGAAAUCCACGCCCUGUUUGACUCGGAGGUGCGGCAGCAUUGUUCUCGUGAAGUUGACGUUUGCUAUUCUCGGCCAGAGCAUGUGCCUCGUCACGUUCUACGGUGCGUUCCUAAAGGACAGCGCGGUGGCACUUGCCCUCGAGUACAUGGACGGCGGGUCGCUCGAGAACGUCUUCCACCAACUCGGUGUCCUUCCCGAACAAGUGCUCGCGAAUAUCACGUACCAAAUCCUGUGCGGUCUGAGCUACCUCAAAUCCAAAAAACGCGUCCAUCGGGACAUCAAGCCGUCGAAUAUCUUGCUCAACAGCAAAGGCGAAGUCAAACUCACCGACUUUGGCAUUGCCACCGAGCUCCACAACUCGAUCGCUAUGUGCGGCUCGUUCGUCGGUACAUUUAAGUACAUGUCGCCCGAGCGCAUGCAGCACCAGCCGUACAGCUACUCUUCCGACGUGUGGAGCCUCGGCCUCGUCCUCAUCGAGAGCGCGACGGGCCAAUUUCCCUACCAGCAACCCAAGACAACCAUCGACAUGAUCCAAAGCGUUUUGGAGUCGCCACCGCCCGCGCUCUCUCCAGAGGCCUUCCCUGCUGACUUUUGCGAGUUUGUCCGCCACUGUCUCCAUCGAUCGCCGACGGACCGUGCGUCCGUCGACGAUCUGCUCCAGGCCCCAUGGUUUACUCGCUGCGGCGCUGUCGAUUUGGAGUCGGCGCGGCGAAACAUUCUCGCGUGGAUUUCGGACGAAUGCCGGUCGUAGCACCCUGUAGUAUAAUUUAACCUUCGUCGUGGUGGUCCAUCUACGAGGCGCCGAGCGCGGCGUGGGCCAGCGCGAUGUAGUACGCAACUUCACCUUCGCCACACGACGGCGGCAAGUGCAUUUCCAUCGCAUGCACCUGGUGUGCGAGGUCGGGCAACGACGCUUGUCCGAACAGACCAACUAAACACGGCAGAAUCACGUCCGCCGACAAGGUCGACGCAGGAACGUGCAAUGCUUCGCCCACUUCCACGUGAAGCAGCCUGAUCGCUGCCAUGUACGCCGCUGCAAUCGCUUGUGGCAUGAACGUCGGCAUCGCCUCGAGGGCUGCUCGAGUUUGGGGCAACACGACUGGUUGUUGAAUAUGCACUUCCGACAGAUCGUGGACGGCCAGCUCGUACAUGCGCGGCUUGAUCGCGUCAUACUUUCGCGCAGCCAACGCGACAACGGUCGCGGCGUCGCGGCAAUAUGCGGCGGCCAGCCGCACGUGGACCAUUUGGCGGACGAGGCAGUCGAGGGUAGAACGACGGCACGGAGGAAGGACGCCGUGUUCGUGGCUCAAGUAGGCUGCGAUGUCAAAGACAAGGCCAUGCAAGGGCGGCAUCGUGGCCGGGCGAUCGGCCGUGUGCGCUGUGACUGCUGUGUGGCGAAGGCGCUGGCCAACAUCGGACUUGUCAAACCCCGUUUCGAGCAGAAACAGCUCAAAGGACAAGUACGCCAUGGAUGGCGUGUGGUCGUUGGGCGGAAGCACGUCUUGGAGGGGUAGCUGUAGCACAGAGUACCAACGAGACAAGGUUCGAGGUGCGUAGGUCGGGGUCAUGUCGUCAUGGAAUGGCAACGCGGCAUGGAGUUGCGGCGUCGAUUUCACGCAGUCGUCGGCAGAGCGCCGGCGAAAUGUGGCAGCGGACGCGAGCUCGGUCUUGGCAUGGGCCAAGAUAGCCGCGAGCCACUUGACCUGAAUCACGAGUGUUCGAAACAAGACAUCUCGACGUAGGUGCUGACGCCACAGAUGUGGAGCGGGCGCGGUCGACACCACUGUCAUCGCUCGUUCAUGCAUUGCAACUUCGACGUGCAGCUUGAUGCGAACGAGGGAAUGGGUACAUGACAAGUGGCUGUCCCUGCGAGGAUGCUUCCACAAUCGGGUCGCUGGAACCUUGAAUGAAGCUGAUUUGAGCACCCAGUCGAGCCGAGUCCACGCCUGUUUCAGCGCGGCGCGCUCAUAGGCGAGGCGAGCUGCCAACUUGUCAGCGUCUCGACCUGGUGACGGCUUUGCAUGGCGCGGAGAUGUCAAGAUCUUUGCCAGCGGCCACAGCAGCAUGAAUCGGCGAAUGCACACAGCUGCGCCACGGGAGACAUGUAAAGAAGUGCACCAACGGCAGCUUGCGCGUCCCAGACGUGCAUCAUUGGCUCCAUUGCGAUAAGAACGUCCCAUGCAACGUCCCCCCAAAAAACCGC